UAUAAGGAUGGACUUCUCGGGAAUAGUGGGAUUGAAACAUUUUGUCAUAUUGUGACAAGUGGUAUGUUGCUGUGAAUGGCUAUUGCCAGAUCGCACCUAUGACUUUGCAGUCGCACAACAGACGAGGUCAUGCGACCACAUUAAAAUCUUGAAUUUAUGGGGUCGGCGGUCACUUUUGGCACCUUUUUUUUUGUAACAGAGCAAAAAAGAAGGGACAAAUUUUUUUUUGUCUUUGUGGGCUUUCACUAGUUCGGCCAGUACCCUGUCUUUCAACAAUUUGUCAGACAUGGCGACGGAAUCUAUACGCAAUGCAGAAAGACUGGAUUUUAUCACUUCAAUACCGCCUCCAAUAACACGAAUGUUGACACAUCUCAGUCCAAUUGCUCAUUUCCUCACUGGGCUGGUCCAUAUUGUCACCUGGCACCCCACUACCCCAACAAGCCACUCUCUACUCCUUCUUGUUUCAUGGUGGAUUUUAUGUCUUUAUCAUCGUACUCUUCUCAUAUUCGUAAUCCCUUUAUUGCCAAUUUGCCGACUGGCUUAUCAAUGGCUUCUAAGGCACCGCAGAGAAGUUCAUGGAAAGCCCCAUCCUGACACAAAUAAUAUUCCUCGUGAUAUCCCCCAAGCUGUUCAGGACAUUGAAUAUUUAUUGAAUCGCUUGGAUAGAAUGGCGGACGUCAUAAAUGGCAUAUUUUAUUUGCUGGACUGGCACAAUCCUGACGUGUCCCUGCGAAUGCUAAAAUCCCUACUGUCCAUUUACCCUAUCUGGAUAAUAUGCACGUACCUUCUGCCGGUCCGACAAGCUUUAGCCGGUCUGGGUACAGUUGGUCUGCUUUGGAACAGCCCAUGGUUCAGACUCAUCCGCACCGCUUUUUAUAAUUACCCACUUGUUCAACGUUCCAUCGUUGCCCUGAGCGAUGUUUGGCAAAUCCAAAGGGCUGCGAAUAGACGAAGAAAAAGUCAAGAUGGAUGGCGUGCGAUACAAUCUCAAAGCGCUAAAUCUGGUCGGCGUCCGGAAAAAGAGCUUAUGUUUCGUUUUGUCGUUUACGAAAACCAACGUUGGUGGCCAGGCGUUACAUGGAACGACAUACUUUUGCCAAACGAGCGGCCUUCUUGGGCCGAUGAAUAUCAUGAACCAGUUCCAAAUACCAAAGACUUCUCUCUGCCACCACCUUCCAAUGCCACUACCAAAUUAUCCGAAAAUUCUGACACUAUUAUGCGAAAGAGUAUGCAUUGGGUGUGGAGUGACCCUGAAUGGUGGCUCGACCUUGAUGGUGACGUUGACAAAGAAGGCUGGGAAUACGGUAAUCACAGCUGGGAGAACUUCAGCCAUCAAUCUCGUGGCUUACAUUUAUUGACGCGUCGACGACGAUGGGUGAGAACUGCCAAACUUGAAGAGCACAUUGAUCUUGAUAUAGAUGAAGCAGCAUCCAUUGCAGAAAGUCUUAGCAGCUUCCACUCGUAUAGAUCAGCCUCAAGCAGUCGGCAUCGCUCCAAUGCUUCAGGCUCAAGUUUGAAGGGAUCUCUUCUGAGCAAUGACAGCGCUGUCAGUUUGAACAGUACAUGUAGCUCGCCCAGACCUGUUCGACGUCAGAUAUCCAAUUCAUCAUCCCUCUCUUGGCGCAGCUUGGUCCGUACGUGAUCAACCACCAAAGCAAAAAGAUUUGAACCUCCUUCCCUUAUCUACUGUUCUUAUACAUACAACUGUAAUUUCAACAUAUACCCCCGUUCAAAACAUGCACUGUUCUCUUCGUCCGCCAUCAACCUUUGUAUCGUUCCUUUUCUUUUGUGCAUAUCAUAAUACUCUAAUAUAAUAUUUAAUAUACUGGUUUCAUUUUACUUGAUCAAUACUUAAAGUAUG